UCGGGGCACAAUUCCCAGUGUUUGCUCAAUAAGAGAAGGGUGCGCUGCAGGGCUCUGGAACGCAUGCACGGGCACACGUGUGCACAUACGAUCUUUCACCUCAGUAAUGCAGGUUCUUGUAGAGCACAGAGAUAUAUGGUAGGGGCCUCCAAGCUUUGGCCCGGUUACUGCUUUAUCGCCUGCCGUGGGGGACAGGUACAUUCUGGAAAAGGUUAAAGGUGCAGUCAGCAAUAGUUUUCAUAUUGGCAGCGGAACUAAACCUCCAUAAUGGCAGAGCGGGGGGCCCAUAUUACCACCACUUCGCUGUCUGAUGACCGGCCCAGUAUUUUUGAGGUGGUGGCUCAGGAGAGUUUGAUGGCAGCUGUGAGGCCUGCUUUGCACCAUAUUGUGAAGGUCCUUGCGGAGUCUAAUCCUGCUCGCUAUGGCACUUUGUGGAGGUGGUUUGAUGAACUUUACACCUUGCUGGAUUGGCUUCUGCAACAGCACUCUUUGUCAUGGGCCAGCGCCUCUUUCUCUGAGAACUUUUAUGGACUAAAACGUGUGACAUUGGGGAGGAAAGGGGGGCAACAAAACCUGCCAAGAAAAGAAUACUGGAAGUCCCUGCUGCUGCUUGUGCUUGUACCUUAUUUGCGGAUUAAACUAGAGAAACUAGUGAGCAGGUUACGAGAGGAGGAAGAUUAUUCCAUACAAAAUCCAACCUCAUUUCACAAAAGAUGCUACAAAGCUAUCCUGGCAUCCUACCCCUUUGUGAAACUAGGCUGGGAAGCUUGGUUUCUCUUUUACCAGCUGAAGUAUAUCCUCGGGAAUGGAAAGCAUCACUCUCCACUGCUUGGGUUAGCUGGGGUGCAGCUAAAUCGAUUAACUAUGGAAGACCUGCGUGCCAUGGAGAAACAACAAGAGAUGACAAACACUGUAUCUAAUGCGGUGAGCAUCAGCCAUCGCAUAAGGGAUAUCCUGAAGAAAGCUCUUGGUGCUGUUGCCCUAUCCGUGUCCUCCAGCUUAUCACUUGGGGUUUUUUUCCUACAGUUUCUAGAUUGGUGGUAUUCAGCAGAAAAUCAGGAGACCCUAAAAUCCUUGAGUAACUUGCCUGUGCCUCCUCCCCCAAUCCAUUUUGAUCUAGAAACCUAUUCUCCACUGCUACCCAAGUUAAGGACAGUGUGCCCACUUUGCCGAAAAGUGCGGGUAAAUGAUACAGCACUGGGCACCUCAGGCUAUGUGUUCUGUUACCGCUGUGCUUAUUACUAUGUGAAGACUCACCAACGAUGUCCUGUGAGUGGUUAUCCUACAGAACUUCAGCAUCUUAUCAAACUGUAUACACCUGAUGGUUAGCCUGUAGCCAAACCCUUAACCAAUGCAGAAUUCCCAUUCACUAAGCCUACAUCUAAUGGAUCGGAAGACUGAGGUAGCACUGGGACACACAGAUCUAUCUGAGGAAGGAAGACAUUUGCCUGCAGUGUUUUAUUGCUAAAACAGCUUGGACAUGUUAACCUGUUUGAUUGCCUGAAUUGUGUUAAAGUGGAUCUAAGGCAAUGCCAAGGUGUAGGGCGGAUAUUUUCAGCAAGCGGAAAAACGCUUACCGAAAAUUCCACCCUAAGCCUCCUACUUGUGCCUGCACCCGAAUGAAUGGAAUACGCUCGGGUGCAGGCACAUGUAGCGAAAAUACGCAUAAAAACGCAAGAGUUUGAAAGUCUUGCAUUUUUAUGCGUAUUUCGGCUACAUGUGUAACCCGAGCUUAUUCCAUUCAUUUGGGCGCAGGCACAUGUAGGAGGCGUAGGGUGGUAUUUUCAGCAAGCGCUUUUCCGCUUGCCAAAAAUAUCCGCCCUACGCCUCGUCUGGCAUUAGCCUAAAUCGAAAUGCUAAAUUAAUGCAAAUGUAGAGUGCAGUGUUUCUCUGCAGCUGAAGGUAAUUUUCUUAUUAUUGUUUUCUGAGAUAUCGACAGUUAUAGACUGCUAAUGAUAGGCUAACCUGAUUAUGAACUACCAGCAUAGUCGGUUAACUAUAGAGUUUACUAAAAAUGAUAAUAGUGUGCUCAAGAGCACAUAACUGUGCACAAAGUUGUUAUCCCUAAGAGAUGGAAAACCAACACCUCACCAGGGACAUCAGCCAAGUAAACUUGCUGCUUCAACCAAUAGCUCAACGUAUUUAUCUUUGAAAUACAGCCUUUUAGAACUUUUAUUAUUAUUUGUUAUUAACCACAUUAAAUGAUACACCAAAGGAUGGAUGCUGGGUAUAUCAUAUCAUUUAUAUGGAUUAAAAUUUUGCAUAAAAGCUUUAUUAGGAUCUUGGGGAAUAGCAGUUGAAAAGUACUGUUAUUUAAAAAGUGUCUAAAAAUAUUUGGCAAGUGAAAUUAUAUGACCCAAUAAUCUGAGACAGCAUGUGUGCUGCUCAAAUAGCCACUGAUCCCUGCCUGGAGUAUAAUAUAUGAUUUUAUUGAGCCUUUUUAUGUAAUUUUAUGAAUUACCAAUAGUGUUUAAUGAAUUAUAGGCUAUAGUUUAAUCAUACUCACAUUUAAAAUGCUGCCAGAAAUUAAUUCUUGACUAGGAGAGAAAAUUAGAGAGGGUAUGCUGACUGGGGGAGGGGGGUUUCCUAUCUUCUUUUCUGUACAGUCCAUUAACCUUUGGGUCAUUGACACAGUGGUUCUAAAAUAUGUUGAGCUAAAAGCUUGUUAGUAGUCUAAAUCUGUUUAUAUCUCAGAUGCCACUAAAGUUAGAAAUUUUAUAUAAAUUGAAAUGUGCAUAAAGGAAUUCUUCUGUUUGGGGUAUAUAUCCCCCUUCAAUAUUUUGUUGCUGCUAGAAUUCGAAGCCAGUUUUGCCAAACUUUUGUGAUCAUAAGGAAAAAUUCUAGACUUUUGUAAGUUUUUCUCUAAAGAAUAUUUAACUUCUGGUGAGGCAUCCACCUUUUAUGAAAAAAACUGCAGUUAUUUAGUGCAUUCUAGAAAUUGGACUGUAUAUUCACUGGUAUCUCACUAUGGUUAUCACAGAAGCGAUGCUUCUUCUUAUUUGUAGACUUAAUUUGCUUAUAUGCAUGUUAUGACACCAGAGCACAGAAGUGCAAGAAAUAUACUUAUAGAUAUAUAAUGUGGUACUAGAUUGGACCAAACACCACUCUAUACUCGUACCCAUAAACAUACAAAUACAUUUUUUUAUGUGUAACAGCUUAUUGGCAAUGAAGCAUUUCAAUACAUUGCUUUGACUGACCGCUGUUAUCAAGUAUAUUUGCUUUAUAUGAAUUCAAAGAACAUUGCUUCUAAUGUGAACACACUUGCAAGACAAUGCAUGUGACUGGUUACAACAAAAUCAUAAACAGAAACAUAAUUAAUGCUGUUACCCUUAGCGGCUACUCAGAUCUUUGCUUUGAUUUUAACUUGUAUCAAAACCAGUUGUUGGUUGGUAGCUAUUGCUAACUACAGCUAAACUCCUAUGUUGAUAAAUGAGAUCUAAUAUUCUCUGUAGACAUAUAAUGUAAGGUUGGCAGACCAAACCAGGGACCCAAGUAGGAGGGCUACUCUGGUUUUAUUUAAUUUAAACACAAUCAAUAUAGCCUAGUAACUAAUUUUUUAGAUGUCCCUCUGAUUUUUCAUGUGAUAUGAUAACCUGAAAAAAAUAAUUUUCCAGUGCCACAUAAUAUUUGAUAAAAACAAAACAAUUUUUUAAAGGAUAAUUAAAAUCUAAUCUCAUUUUAUGCAAGAGAGCCUAACCACCUCUUGGUGGUUCUGUAAUAGUAUUUGUACUAUUCUGUAAUAGUAAUUGUUAAACGUUUUAGAGAAAUUGAGUGUUGAGUGAUUGAAAAGUAUUACACUGAGAACGUGGACAUACAUUAUAUUUAACCUUAGAAUGAUGCUAAGGGUUUUGGAAGUAUUGUGCUUUCUUACAAUACAGCAAUAACAAAUUUAGUGUUGUAUUCUAAGUGUGACUUGUAAAGUUCCUCCUGUACAUUUCCUUUUGUGUUAAAAGGAAGUAUUUGACAUUGAUACUGCUGUGACUCACUGCUGCUAAUUUUAUGGCAAAUCAAAUAAAUGUUAGUAAAAACUGUGUUGGAAACAGA